AUGUCUGAAACAAAAUAUCUCUACAUGGCACAAUGUGUAGAUUCAUUACGUACUCUUGUGAAAGAAAAAAUUCGUUUAUUAAAAAAGAAUAAAUAUUUAGCUAAUGCUGAUUGGAUUUUUAUUGAGAAAAAUUUUCGAAUUGAAAAUCCUCAUACUAUAAAUAUGAUCAAUAAUGACAAUAGAGAUAUCAAUUUAAAUGAUCAUAAUAUACAAUGUUCUCAUUGUCAUCGACCAAUAUCAAUAGAAUUCAAUCAAAUACAAUAUGAUGAUUUAUUUGAAGAAACUAGAAUUCGUAUUAUUAAUAUUCAAAAAACAAGCUUCUGGAGACAAUAUAGAGAUUAUGAAAUUUCAACACAAGCUGUUCGUAUUUUAUCAUCUCUUUGUGAUUUUGUAAUCGAUAGAAAAGUCAAUCCUGGCGGAUGGGUACCUAGUGCAGCAGUGAGAAGUGUGGCUAAACGUGAAUAUCCUCGCUUUCUGAAACGUUUCACAAGUUAUGUUAUCGAGCAAACGCGUGACAAGCCUAUUAUAUUUUGA